AUGUCUCCAGCAAAGUCGAUCCUUGUAACAGGCUGCUCGGCCGACGGCAUCGGCGCUGCCAUAGCGCUCGCACUGGCCCGCCGCGGCCACCACGUGUUCGCGACGGCCCGCAAUCCUGCUAAGAUCCCCGAAUCUCUCAGCAGCCUCACCAACGUCACCGUGCUACCUCUCGACGUCGCAGACGCGGCCUCGGUCGCGGCGGCGGCCCGGGCCGUGGCGGACGCCGGGCGCGGGCUGGACGUGCUCGUCAACAACGCCGGCGUCGAGCGCAUGCAGCCCGCGAUCGACGUCGACAUCGCCGUGGCCCAGCGCAUGAUGGACAUGAUCCAGGCUUUCGCCGAUCUCCUGAUUACGAGCCGCGGCCGUAUCGUCAAUGUGAGCUCGUCGGCCUCUCUCAUCUACUCGCCUUGGAACUCUACAUACGCCGCAUCCAAAGCCGGGCUGAACGCUCUUUCCGAGACGCUGCGUCUAGAGCUCGCGCCGUUUGGCGUGAGCGUCGUCACCAUCCUCCCCGGGAUCAUCGACAGCCAGAUUCGCGUCAACGGCGCGGUGAGCUUUGACCUAUCCCCGACCUCGCGCUAUGCGCCGAUCAAGGACACCAUCACCGGUUGGGCCACUGGCGACGCCGUGCCCAAGGACAGGCUCUCGGUCGAUGGGUUCGCUGAGUUGGUUAUGAGCGAUGUCCUUGGCGCCGACAAGGGAGGGAUAGUGAGCAGGGGACCUUAUGCUCUACUGCUCCGACGUAUUGGUCAGUGGGCGCCGACUUGGAUCGCGGAUCGUAUUUUGAGUCUGAACACGGGCCUCGAUGAGCUAUUGCGAGAAGUCUCCAAGGGCAAGAGUACAAGAGCGAGUGAAUAA